AUGAUUCUAGCAAUAAUCAAUGAGAUCUGUCUGCUUUAUGAGACUGUGUGCAUGGGAUUUGGUAUCGCUGUGAUAUUCUACUAUUUCGAGAUUUAUCGCAACUUGUGCUUCAUCUACUUAUUCCCAUUGAUUAUGUGCCAUUGCGUGCAAACCGGAACCGUGUGUAUUUUGGCUCUUGACUUGUUCAUCGCAAUAUUAUUCCCCAUCGAAUACCGCAAAUUGAAUACUCAAUUAUAUUUUUCCGCCUUAUUUUUUAUUCCAAUCGUUUAUGCAUUUUACACAGCUAUUUCUGGAUGGUUUAAUAUCAAUAAUGAGCCAAUCAAGAUGUGCAAUCCUCCGUCAUCUCUGACACCAAAAGUCACUUCCGAAUGGUAUUUUAUGAUGCUCUUAUUCUCAUUUGCUACUCUCUUCUUUUAUGCAGGGGCAUUCGCAGUGCUCAAAUAUAAAGUGUUCAAGCACAGCAAUGAACUUGGGUUUAUCGAACAAAAAGCGUUGAAAACGUUGCAAGUCUUGAUUCUCGUAUUCUUGAUUACUCGCUGUAUUUCAAUUAGUCUUUUCAAUAUUUUAAUAUUUUUAAAAAUAGACAAACAAACGGUAGAAUUAUGCCAGAAUUAUAACGUGAUUCUUGCGGUCGUCGCUUAUUCGCAAAACGGUUAUGUUUGCUAUGUUCGAAGUUCUGAAUAUCGCCGUUUAUUUCGCCAGCAACUCCAUUUAUUUAUGCUAAUAAUCAAGAACAAGUUGAGAUGGAGAAGGUCGGCGCGAAAUGUGCAUUCAACGCAAUCAAUUGUUCCAAAACAUAUUACUUCAUGA